AUGCCUGCGCCGCCGCUCCGGACCGUGCACCUGCGCCGGUAUCCCUCGCCGCCCGACGCCGCGCCAGAGUCGGCGGCCAUCGUGGUCGACGGAGGCGGCGGGGUGGACCUCGCCCGGGUGGGCCGCGCGCUGGGGCUGGACCCCGCCAGCGUCCGCCUCAACGGCUACUUCGUCAGCCGCGGCCCCGGCCACGUCUCUACGGCGGUCACCUGGGGCACGCUCCUCGCCUUCUUCGCCGCGCGCGGGCUCCCCACCGGCGCCGACCCCGCCGCCCCCGUCGCCAUCCGCGGCAAGCCCGCGCCUUCGCCCCCACGCCCAGAUCCUGGAGUUCUUCAGUCCUCGAAGCGGAAGUCUGGGUUGGAGACAGAAAAUUGUUCCAAGAAGAGCAAGCUCCAACACAGCAGCUCAGCUCUUUCAAAAUCUAGUGAGGAGCUACUUAGUGAUGAGAUCACCCUUGGUUUGAAGAGAAGACUCAGGUUGGACGACAUGACUCCAUCUAAGAGGAUCAAACAAGUAGACUACAACUCAGAAACACAGCAGCCAGUCAAAUUCUCCUGCAGCUUCAUCAACGGGCAUGGAAAGCGAGCACGAGAUGAGGAGAUGGUCACCUCACUCCCAUGCAAGAGAGUCCGAUGA